UUAUUCAACGGCCGUGCGAACAGAACGUCUAGUACGACUUACGCCACCCACAAGUGGGGUAGUAGGAAACGAUUUCAUCUACAAGCGAUCGGAAAUUUAAACGAUUAGCGGAAAAAAAGUGUCACAGGUGUUUGUGUUUUAAGAAAAUAAAGAAAACAUAAUCAAAAAGUUGCCAGCAUAAAAUAAUGCUGCUAUCAAACAUAAAAAUGUCAAUCUUUGGCUAUCUGAUAGUCAUAUUGUGUUGUAGCAUCGAUGUUGAAAGCUUCAAUAUUUCGCCGAAACCAAAUGUUAUCAUCAAAGAUCCUGGCUUUGUCACAGAUAUGAAGAAAUACGAAUCCUCUUACUUUGGUUUUGCCAUGAAUUUAAGGCCUUUGGGAAUUAUUGUUGGUGCACCCCGUGCUCAAUCGACCUUGGAGUCACAACGUACAAUCAAUGAGACGGGUGCAAUAUAUCGUUGCCCCAUCUUUGGAACGACUCAAUGUAAUACAUAUGUUUUCGAAGAUCGUGGUAACUUCGAUCUACCUUCGGGCGACUAUUCUUACGAUUCUGAAAAGCGUGAUUUCCAAUGGCUGGGGGCAGCCAUAGAUGGUGGGCCGACGGACUCGGAUAAGCUAAUAGUUUGCGCACCACGUUUCAUAACUCCUAUACCAACUGAGUAUUUAAUGCAUGGUGUCUGCUAUUGGAUCAAGAACACACUAGCCGAAAAUCCUCAGAAUGUAACAAAAAUAUCUCCACUGCGAGGUACAAAGGACCAAGUUGUAUAUGAGAAUGGAGAACGCAUUUACAACUACAUAUUGGCCGAACAGGGUCUAAGUGUGCACAUCACACCCGACAACGAGGAGUUUCUAAUUGGUGCCCCGGGCAUUCACACAUGGAAAGGCUCGAUUAUACGCUAUCGAAAAUCAGUGGAGACCGAUGAGCCCAGUUUAAGUCGUCGCGAUACCAGUCGAGUUUCACGCAUCAAUCGGCAGGCAGAUGUUGAACCUGGUCCAAUGACAAAGUACGAAACAGAUGUUCCGAAUCCCUACAAAUUCGGCCAACCUGAUGACUCAUAUUUUGGUUAUUCGGUUAGUUCGGGAUAUUUUGAUUCGAACAAUAACAAAAAACUGUUGUAUGUAGCCACAGCACCACAAGCCAAUCACCAGGCUGGAGAGGCUUAUAUUUUUGAUCUGGCCGGAGAAAAGUUAACAAAGCUAUUUGUAUUUCGCGGCACCGAAUUUGGGGAAUAUUUUGGCUAUGCAGUUCUAGCAGAGGAUAUCAACGGUGACGGCCUGACAGAUGUCAUUGUUUCGGCGCCGCAGCAUAGUAUCUCAGGAAUGUUCGAUGAUGGCGCAAUCUACGUUUUUCUCAAUCAAGGAAAUUUAAACUUCGAUCGGAAGAUAAUGGUCUCACCGGUAAGGGGGAAGGCAAGAUUCGGCACCACACUCACUUCUUUGGGUGAUAUCAAUCACGAUGGAUUUAAUGACAUUGCCGUUGGUGCACCAUUUGCAAACGAUGGCUCCGUUUUUGUAUACCUUGGUGGGGAACGUGGCUUACGCGAUCACCACAGCCAACAUUUUCCUUUCACGGGAACUGCGAAUCCUGCUUAUGGAUCAGCUAUGUUUGGCCAUGGCAUUGCCAAGGGCUCGGACAUCGAUGGCAAUGGGUUCAAUGAUUUCGCCAUUGGAGCUCCCAAUGCCGAAACAGUAUUUGUGUAUCGCUCGUAUCCGGUAGUUUCUAUCAAGGCAACCAUAUCGUCGCAAACGCGUGAGAUUAAGCCCGAGCAGACCUCAUUCCCGGUGACUGUGUGCUACAGCAUUGCAACUACAUCGACCAAAAUGAAAUCGCAGGACUUGGCCAUGCAUGUGGUGCUCGAUUCCCAAGUGAAACGAGUUACAAUCGCUUCUACGAGCAGCAAUGAAAUGCAAUUCAACGUCACUGCCACCACCCAGACCCAAUGCAAGGUAUUCGAUUGCAAUGUGCGCUUUAGCGUUGGCGAUAUCUUCAAGCCCAUUGAAAUGGAACUGCAUUAUGGACUGAUUAAGGGAGUACCCAAUUCUGAAGUAUUCUGUGAGAGUUGUGCUGCCGUAGAUCCCGCAGAACCCAAAUCAACCACUGAAAAAAUAAUCUUCAGCACCGGAUGUGCCACUGCGAUAUGUGUAGCUGAUUUGCAAGUCAAAAGCAAUCUGGACCACACCUUCAUCUUGGGCAGUAGUCGCACCUUCAGUGUCUCAUACGAAGUGGCUAACAAUGGCGAAACUGCCUAUUUACCCCAAAUCAAUAUCACUUCCUCCAACCAUAUGCCGUUUGCAAAAAUACCAUCAAAUUGCAAACUAAAUCAACAGGACUCAUCUCUGCUCUGCGAUCUGAACCGUGGCCAACCUAUGGGAAAAGGCUCCAAGGACUCUAUCAACGUUAUCUUCGACACUAGCAGCAUAACUGGGCAGAGUAUGACUUUAAUGGCAAAAGUCUUCAGUACUGGCAAAGAACUGAAUGCAUCCGAUAAUGUUGCUUCAGAUGUGAUUGCUCUAAAGGAGUAUACAGAAAUCGACGCUGUUGGAAAACCAUCGACGGAACCUAUUAAUCUGGAAAAAAUGACGGGUUCUGCAGAAGUUAUUAAUGUUUACGAUGUGAAAAGUAUUGGACCCAGCACGAUGGGCUCUAUUCGCAUUGUCUUUGAUAUACCUGUGGCCUACACCAUACCCGGAAGUACCAAAAAUGUCCAAAUUAUUGAUAUGAACAACAUCACCAUGCAAGCUGUGCACGAUUCCCAAAUCAAAGAUGUCCAAUUCUUCCAAAACUCCACACAAAUCUUGACGAACGCUGUAGAGAAGACUGCCAGUUUCUCAACGCAAUUCACUACAAAAUUGUCAAAAGAUGGUGGCAGCAAUGGUAUGCAUUAUAACGCCAUUAAUAUGGGUCAUGUGAAUGAGUUUAACGUUAAGGAGGAGUCCUUGGGAAAUUCCGUGAUGGCCAGUGUGGCGUCCUACCGUCGUAGACGUCGCGAUGCCACAGCUUUUACAGCGAACAAAGAAAACUACGCCCGCAUUGCAAACACCAAAUCAUACGAAUUACUCAGCGACGAUUUGAAAGGUACUCUUCCGGUUAACCGCACGAUUGUUUUCAACUGCAAUGAUCCAGAAACGACUUUGUGCGUUCGUGCUGUUGUUUCACUGUACGAUUUUAAGCCCAACAAACCAUUGACGGUGACAAUGAAAUAUCACGUGGAUCUUAAUGAAGUUAAUCAGAUCCUUAUCGAACCUUGGGAGUUCUUUGUGAUCGUUGUAGGACUUGAUGUUCAAAAGAGUGGCGAUCCUUUGGCCACAACAUUUGUAGUAAACAAAAACAUCAAAUACAAUAUCAUUUCGAAGCAUCAACUGUAUGGCACACCCAUAUGGGUUAUAGUUUUGGCAGUCCUUGGCGGUUUACUGGCCUUAGCUCUUAUCACAUAUGCCAUGUACAGGGCUGGAUUCUUUAAACGAGCUACCAAGGAAGAAAUGGACAAGUUAAUGCACCAAGCUGAAUUAUCGACUGAUGGUGUUACAGAGGCAUCGAAUUUAAAUACAUAGGACAAUCAAGGAUCAUAAACUGUAUGACCUGUCCGUAGCAGUAAUUGCUUAAGCCUUGUGCCAUUUUUGCCAAUAUCCAUCAUUCACUUAGUCUUACUCUUGCACUUUUUUGUUCUGUUCCUUAUAUGCUUGUAAGCAAUUUUACACAUCACUUAUGACGAAAUUGAAGUUGCCAGGUAUUCCAAAAUACCCAAAUUAAAAGUGCUAGUUUUAGAUUUUGUUUAGUUAUUUAUUUGUUCAGUAUUAUAAGGAAUUCUUCAACGACUAUGUAUAUACCUAUUUUAAAAAAUUAAACAUUUAAAAUAUGUUUUAAUCACAAUUAAAUCGUAUUCUAAGGUUGUAACUAUCUGAAAUUUUAAUGGCAGCUCAGGUUGUGUCUUCCUUUACAUACUCAUAAACGCACUUUACUAUAUAUCUAAAGUCUCUGCUUCUUAGCGCAUUAUUCAGCUGAAAUGACAUAUGAUGUACUCUAUUAUAAUAUUUUUUUAUAUAAUUUAAAUAAACUGUGUUUUUUACGAAAA